UAUGUACAAUAGGCAACUUCAAAAUUGUAUUUUUUCUAAAUCAUGAUAACGUCAUAAUUGAAUGGCGGGGACGAGAGAAAACGUCAUUUUGACAGAAUGGCAGAAAGUCUGGAAAUGAACGCUUGCGGAAAUUGUACGUGUCGUGCUUGCAGAUGCUUCGUUAGUUUUGCAUAGGGUUUCUGACCGUAAUACGGUACGAAUGUGAUGGAGGAUUACAAAUUUCUCUUUAAAGUUGUGCUCGUAGGAAAUGCGGGUGUCGGCAAGACUUGCCUCGUGCGCAGAUUUACCCAGGGAUUAUUUCCCCCAGGCCAGGGUGCAACAAUAGGUGUUGAUUUUAUGAUUAAGACUGUAGAAGUAGAAAAUGAGAAAGUUAAGCUUCAAAUCUGGGAUACUGCCGGUCAAGAAAGGUUUCGUUCAAUAACACAAAGUUAUUAUAGGUCAGCUCAUGCUUUGAUUUUGGUUUAUGAUAUUUCCUGUCAACCUACAUUUGAUUGUUUACCAGAUUGGUUAAGAGAAAUUGAAGAAUAUGCAAGUAAUAAAGUUCUUAGGAUAUUAGUAGGUAAUAAAAUUGAUCGAGAAGACAGAGAAAUACCAACACAUGUAGGAGAAGAUUUUGCACAAAGACAUGGGAUGUACUUUUUAGAAACUUCUGCUAAAGAAGCAGAGAAUGUAGAACGGCUAUUCAUGGAAAUAGCAGCUGAACUUAUGGAGCAAGCACGCAGUAAAGAACUACCUAGAUAUGAAACAAAUGCAACUUCUAUAAAUGGAAAAACAACAUCAAUUGGUGAUACAAGUAACUGUGGUUGUAGUCGACUUUCUUAACUAGCUUUUAUAUCUAUUAUUAAGUCAUUCAGAAAAUGCAUAAUUUCAGUUGCUAAAUAUGUACGUAGAACACUAUCAUAUAAUUUUUAUAGAGUACAGGGAUUGAAUGCAAUAUUAGUCAAUCUUCUGCCACUAAAUAAAAAAAAUUCUAAUAUUAGAACAUCUUUGAUAUUAUAUGUUAGCAUCUAGUGUUAUAUCAUGCAGAUUAUAUUUACAAUUUUGUUGCAAAAAAUAUAUAAUAUUUAAGAUUAAAACGAAGUUUAAGUAUGUUGAUAAAUAUUUGUUCUCAUAUGUGUUCUUAUAGAUAUUAACUAAAGUCUUUUUGUUAUAAUUUUAUGAUUGCAUUAUUUGAAUAAUAAAUAAGUUGGACGCCUG